CGAUAUUCCCCUAAUUGUCAAGGUGUUGUCUGGAUUCAGUUGCGCGGAUUCACAAUCGUGGACGUGAGCGAAAUCAUUUAAGGCAAGAUAUAUCCUUUCGAUGAAAUUAUUUUUAUCUUACGAUCUAUACAAGUAGUAUCUCCUUGAAAAAAUAAACCAUGUCUACUGCGGCAAAGCCUCAGCUCCGUGGUCUUCUCACGUCACAAAUUCAAAAGAAUCUUAUAGGAAUGUCUAUAAUUAGCAUCAGCGCAGCUUUAGCAUUCAAAAUACUUGUCGCUGACCGUAGAAAGCAGAGAUAUGCUGAUUUUUAUAAAACUUAUGAUGCAGAAAAACAGUUAAAAAUAAUGAACGAAGCUGGUCUUAUGCAAUCUUAUAUUCCUGACCAGAAAUGAAAAUAGGAAAAGAUUGAUGGAAUUCUCAAAGAAGAUAGUUUCCUUCAUAAUUAUUAUAUUCAUACAUAUAAUAAAUAAAUUUUAGUAGUAUGUACGUUAA